AGAGCGAUCAGUUCUUCCACACACACAGUGCUGAGAUUGAGCGGAGUUCCAUUACUAACAGCAGUGAUGGGGAAGAAGACUCGCACAGGCACCGGCAGGAGAACCAUAUUACAGCUCUCACCGCCCGGGCCGAACCGCAGCGCCACGGGAGCCGCUAGAGAGGACGGGGUCGCCUCUGGAUCCGAAGACGAACCCGAGGGUAACACAGACGGGCAAAGAGAAGUUAAUGUAGUAAUGAAGACACCAGCUGUGAAGGCCACACAGGGUUUAUCUCUGCUUGGAGCUUAUGAAGACAGUGAAGAUGAAGAUUUGGCGGAAAACACCUCGACUGUCAUCAAGGCAAAACAUAACCAGUCUGCAGACAUUGACAGCACACUUGCAAAUUUUAUGGCGGAAAUUGAUGCAAUUACGACCCAACCAGCCCAGACACCUGAAUCGGGGACAGAGGCAAGCGCACCAGCCCCAACUCCUCCGCGCCCCGAACCCAAAACAGACCAGCAGACUCAAGAAUUUCAAUACAACACUCAGUACUCCCUCGCAGGAGCUGGGUUGGAGAUGGGUGAUUGGCAGGAAGUGUGGGAUGAAAAUACCGGCUGUUACUACUACUGGAAUACUCAGACCAAUGAGGUGGCCUGGGAGCUUCCGCAUUACCUGGCAGACCAGAUGCAGAGUCAACAUUACACUGGGAGCUCAUCUGUAAAUGGCAAUGGUGUUGCACAUCAUAGCAGUUAUACUGAACCGCCUGUUGCAGCUGCUCCUGCAUCUAAGAGAGAAACCAAAAAGAAGGAAGUUAUCGAGAGUGUUGUGGCUUUGACCAGCGAGGAAGAAGAGAGGAGAGGAGUGGCAGCUACUCUUCUUGCUCCUCUCAUCCCAGAAGAGGUGAAGGAGGCAGAGGAGAAGUGGAGAAAGAAGGUGCUGGCCAUAGAGGAGACCGUAGAAGCGGCCCAGGAACUAGAGGGAGAAGGCACUCCGUCUUUGGACUCCCCAGCUCUCCGGGACACGGAUAGUCAGAGUAACCAGCGCAGCAGGAACCACUCAGCAGAAUCAUCGGACAGGGAGGAGGAGGCAGAAGAAGACACCAUGGAACUAGAACUAGCACUAGAGAGGAAAAAAGCUGAGCUUCGUGCCUUGGAGGAAGGUGACGGCAGUGCCGGUGGUUCGAGCCCCUGUUCUGAAGCUAGUCAGGAUGGGCCUCGUAAUUUACUCUUGAAGAAGAGCAAAUGGAAGACGGCCUUCAUCCGUGCGCCAAGUCCUGACUCGAGCAGCCGGGGCUCGGACAAGGCGGGAUGGGCCACUCCAGAGCACUCAGACAAUGCACAUUCCAAACCGGCUGAGAAGCAAGGAGAAGAAGAUGAAAAGGAAAAGCCUGUAACCAAAGCUCUUCAGAAGGAAGAAGAGGACCUCAAGUUUCAGAUCGGAGAGCUUGCCAACACACUCACCAGCAAAAUGGAGUUCUUGGGAAUUGACAAGAAAACCAUUUCGAACUUUCAACUGCUGUUGCUGCAAACGGAGACGCGGAUCGCAGACUGGCGAGAGGGCGCUCUGAACGGAAACUAUCUCCGGCGCAGGCUGCAAGAAGCCGCCGAGCACAUAAAACAUUACGAACUUAACGCCACUCCCAAAGGCUGGUCCUGCCACUGGGACAGAGAGCACAGGCGGUACUUCUAUGUGAACGAGCGGACCAAUGCUUCCCAGUGGGAGUUUCCAGUCGUGAAGGAGGAAGAGGAAGCCAAGCCACCCCUGCCGCCCACAGCUGCAACCGGAGAUACAAGCCAACCAUCUGCAGAAACCACUGGUGCUAUAACAGGAACUUCUUUAGAAGUGCAGUCUUAUUGGUUGGCUCCCCAGCCUCCUCAGCCACCAUUGCCUCCGCUUCCUCCAAAUGUCCCGCCCCCUCCACCUACAGAGCAACCGCCUCCACCCCCUCCACCACCUGAAUCUCCACCUCCACCCCCUCCACCACCCCUCGAGGAUGACGGAGAGAUCGAGGAAGUGGAGAUGGAGGAUGAAGACUCAGAGCCUCCGGCUCCUGGAACAGAAGAGUUCAAGGCGGCUGAAGCAGCAGCAUCUUUGGCAUCUGCAGCUAAAGCACAGAAACGCAAGGCCCCAGGCUCAGUCCCGCUGCCUAAAACUGUCACCAUUGGCAGCAGCGCCAUUCUUUACACUCAACCCAUUGCCACAGCUGCACCACUUCUUGUUGCUAAUGCUUACUGGGGUAUGCCUGCUACACUUGCACCUCCUUUGCCUUCAGAAAGCAUAGUCCCACCGAUGCCAGCCCUGCCCCCCCUACCACCCCCUCCUGCUCCACAACCUUCCAGCGUCCUGGAACCCAUAAACAAAGUCCUUACAGAUAAAACCAAGAAACUAAAAAAGGAGAAGACAAAGAAGAGCAAGACGAAGAUGCCGUCCCUUGUAAAGAAGUGGCAGAGCAUUCAGAAAGAGCUGGAUGAAGAGGAGAAGUCAAGCUCGAGCGAUGAAGAUCGAGAUCAGCUCAACAGCAGACGCAUCGAGGAAUGGAAAGUGCAACAGCUUUCAACAGGGAAGGCUGGGAAGAACGCUAACUUUGAAGCACUGCCUGAAGACUGGAGGGAAAGAGUGUUAAAGAAAAAAAGAAAGCUGCAGAGUUCAUAAUAUCAGUCUUGAAAGCUUCUGGCAGGGUUGGACUAAACUGCGUUUUGGCGUUGUCUCACACUUACUAAGCUUCAGUGGACUUUGAAUGUUUAUUUUUGAUAUGUGCACAUUACCUGUUGGAGCCUAUUUUAGGUAAACUGCGUGCUGUUAAAUUCAAAUGCAUCAUCUUGUGACUCUAAGGUAUACUUUGUCCAAAAGUUGUUUUAAAGAUGCAGUGAACCUGAAACCAGGUUAAACAUGUACAGAAUUUUUUGUUCUACUUUUUUUUUUUUAUUACCCCAACCAUGAAACCUGUGCACGAUUUGUCUAUAAAUGAAAACGUAAUGAAAUCAAUAUUAAAGGAUUGUUCCAUUUC